CACGCAACGCCCAGGCAAUCCACCGCACCGCGUCCUGCCCAUGGCCUCCAGCGUGCAGGCUCCCUCACAGGGACACGCGCAGGGCAAGAAACCGCCGAGUAGACCCGCCACGGCUCGGUACCUCAGCAGUACGAGCGCGUCCAGCUCGCGCGCCGUCUCUGCGACCACACCAAGUGCAUCGUCCUCUAGGCUGAAACCAACGCCAACCGCAAAGGUCCCAAGGCCUGCGUUACAGACCACUGCCAGCGGUACUUCUACCUUGAAGGCGUCAAGGUCGGCGGGCCAUGUUCCUGGUGGGUCGGCACCGGUGCGGAGUGCGGCCGUGAAGGCAUCCAGUAGCGUCAGCAAGAACAUUGCGCCCAGUUCUAGCUCGUCUUCAUUGCCCAAGAAGACCUCAUCCCAGGAUAAGCAUCCGGCGAUCGUCGAUGUGACGCGCGACCCGGCCUCCGUUCUGACGUCCCUGGAUGCGCUACAGCAAGCGGGUCAGAUACAGGCAUGGCUAUUCAUGUCGGCUACACUGGAGAGUUCGUAUGAGGCUGCUGAGCGCGCGGCCACGGCGGCCUUGGAGCAACGGCGUGCUGAACUCUCUGUGGAGGAGGCAGACAUCGCCGAUGCUCGGGUGCGCUUUGAGGCUGAGAGACUCAUCGCCUUCUAUGAAGAGCUCAUGGCACCUCAAACGUCCUCUGCAAUUGCAUCCUUAGUGCAGCAGUUCCUUGCACAUGAAGAAGCAUAUUCGCGGAUAUUGUCUGAAGCUCUACAGCUUGCUCAACAACCAGCCAAUGAAUACCUGUCCGUUACUCACUUCAAUGACGCUCUGGACAAAAUCGAUCACCUAAUUGAAGAGGCCACUCAAUUGGACGCCUCAAUUACCUCUGUGCUACCUGAAUUACCCGAACGCCACGACAGGGUCGAUGACCGGCCGGAGCAUCAUAAUCGAGUUCAUUCAGCCCUGGUCGCUCUACUGCCGAUCAUACGUGCACAAGGUGCAAACCUUGAGGCCGCUCGUGUAGUUGUCCAGUCGGGCAAGCAUAAUCUCCGCGACUCAAUGCGACUGGGUAGUCUGCAGACUACUGCCUAGGUGGACAUCUCUAACGUUGAUUCUGGAUGAUGAAGUGCUCGAGUCCAGAUUGAUCAUGUACCUUUUCUGAAUACUAUUGCAACGUUCAACGGUUCA